CCUAUGAAGAACGAUUUCGACUUUUUAUUCAGUACCUAGACAGGAAGUCUUAAAUUUUAGACUUCUUAUGGUUACUUAGGCAUCUCGACUCCACACCAGACUGUACAUCGCGCAGAAAUUCUAUGACAAAGUCCAGACAAUAGUUGACGGUCCUUGCCGAGAAGUCCUACAGGACCUACUUCAUCUCCAUCUCAAUUAUGAGCUCAUAGAUAUGGCUUACUACUUACUCGAGGAUAAUUAUCUGACUGGUCAACAGUUGAAUUACAUGAAAGAAGAUAUGUAUCGAUUACUUUCGAAAUUACGUCCUAAUGCUGUAUCAUUAGUGGAUGCAUGGGACUAUUCGGACCAUGAACUUCGAUCGGUUCUUGGACGAAGAGAUGGGCACGUCUACGAGAAUCUGUACAAAUGGGCACAAGCUAGUGAAUUAAAUAGGACACAGGUAAAUACACUCCUCCCUCACUGA